CCCAGCUGUCACCCAGUAGCAGCAUCAGCAUCAGGUCCGUCAGCUCCUCCCGCAGCCUCCGCUCUCAGCAGCCGCCGUCCUCCUCACUCUUUUCCCCGCAGACAGGAUGCGGAACCCCGGGGGCUGCGUGCUCCUCUUGCCCCUGAUCAUGAUGCCCCUGGCCUGGGCUCAGGAGCCGGAUAACACGGCUAAUUUCAUGGAGGAUGAGCAGUGGUUGUCUUCCAUCAACCAGUACAGCGGCAAGAUCAAGCACUGGAACCGAUUCCGAGACGAGGUGGAGGAUGACUAUAUAAAGAGCUGGGAACAUAAUCAGCCCGGAGAUGAUGCCCUGGACACUACAAAGGACCCUUGCCAAAAGGUGAAGUGUAGCCGCCACAAGGUGUGCAUAGCCCGUGGCUACCAGAAGGCCAUGUGCAUUAGCCGCAAGAAGCUGGAGCACAGAAUUAAACAGCCAAACCUGAAGCUGUAUGGCAAUAAGGACAAUUUGUGCAAGCCAUGUCAUGUGACCCAGCCUGCGCCUGUCUGCGCCUCUGAUGGACACACGUACAGCUCAGUGUGCAAGAUGGAGCAGCAGGCGUGUCUCAGCACCAAGCAGCUGACUGUCAUGUGCCAGGGCAGCUGCCCCUGCCCUACGGAGCACACUCCAGCCACCACCACAGAUAUUCACAAGCAAGGGGAGACAUGUACUGGCCAGGAUUUAGCUGACCUUGGUGACCGACUCCGAGACUGGUUCCAGCUGCUUCAUGAGAAUUCCAAGCAGAACAGCACAGCUAGUACAGGCGCUAAACCCAUGCAUGCGAUGGAUAAGACGCUGGUCGCCAGCUGCAAGGACUCCAUUGGAUGGAUGUUUUCUAAACUGGAUUCCAAUAGCGACCUCUUCCUGGAUCAAGCAGAAUUGGCCUCAAUCAACCUAGACAAAUAUGAGAUCUGCAUCCGGCCUUUCUUUAACUCCUGUGACACUUACAAGGACGGCCGAGUGUCCACAGCCGAGUGGUGCUUCUGCUUCUGGAGAGAGAAGCCUCCAUGCCUUGCUGAACUUGAGAAAGUCCAGAUCCAGGAAGCAGCAAAAAAGAAGCCUGGUGUCUUCAUUCCAAGCUGUGAUGAAGACGGGUACUACAGGAAGAUGCAAUGUGACCAGGCGAGUGGAGAGUGCUGGUGUGUGGAUCAACAUGGUCUGGAACUGACAGGAUCACGGAUACACGGCAACCCAGACUGCGAUGACAUGGUUGGAUUCUCUGGAGAUUUCGGCAGUGGAGUUGGAUGGGAAGAUGAAGAGGAAAAAGAAGCAGAAGAUGCAGGAGAGGAGGCAGAGGAAGAGGAAGGAGAGACGGGGGAAGCAGAUGAUGGUGGAUACAUCUGGUAGAUGCACAACAGCCAAGUCUGGAGACUGCAGUAAUCAGUAGUCAGGAACACAUCUGAAUGUACAUUAUAUUUCAGCAGAAGUUGUGUGUGAGCAUGCGCGUGUGCCUGUUAAAUGAUUGCUUUCACUUUGUAGCUCAGUGUUCCCCAAUAAUUAAACUGAGCUGCUCUACAGCAAAAUGAUAAACGUCUUUAAAACGUUCGUACCAAACCAUAGAGUUGUUGGUAUAACAAUUAGUUUAGGAUUUGCUUUUUUUUCUGAACCCAGGAUAACUCACACACAGGUUUGAGAUAUGUCUCUGCCAUGUGGUGAAAUGGGGUUUAUUUGCCAACAAAAUGACAUUCCUUAAAUAAAUAGGUACAAAAAAUAAAGUUUAAAGACACAAACCAGAAAGUAUGAAUGUUUUAUUAUAGGUUUCCAAAAGCAACAAGAUCUGAAGCAGAUGUUCCAUAGAUGCACUAAUCUUAGUGUUAGACAAAACCAUGAAUCUGUUCUUGAGUUUGGAAAAUAGAAUUUACAGAUGAAAUGAGCACAGCUCCUAUUCAUCUAUUUAAUAAACGUCAGUGACGUGAGGUUUACGGGGUUGUUAUCAUACUGUACACACUAUACAUUUAGCACAGAGGUGUGUGUCUUUCUGCAUGAUAGAAUACAGAGGUCUGGGUUAUCCUCCUCAUUGUGUCUCAGGGUCUCCUCGUCCAUAUGGACAGUAAAGUCCUGAGGUCACCAUGUGUUGAACAAACUCCCAUCCCAGUUUGUGUCUCCUGCUUGUGCGGUUUAUUGUAAUUGCAGCCUGUACCUUCUCCCCAACAAGCUUUAUAUUCCCUGUUUUAACCCCAACUGCUGCUUUAUCGGAAACCUCCCUCACCUCUGCCUGUCUGGGGAACGUCUGCCUGUCCUGAUUGCCAUUUGUCAUUGCAGCAUGUAAAGGCCAAUUCCUUGAAUUCCCUUGUUCUUCUAGUACCGUGCUGCUUUGAGCCAGUGUUGACACCAACUUAAAAGGAGUAAUCUGCGAAGGGACAGAGAUGUUGUGCAAUAUCAUAAAACAAAGCGUCAACAUUUGUUGUAACCUUCUAAGUUUAUCAAUAUUAGAUCUGCAACAAUGCAAUGAAAAGUAAAAUAAUGAACCAUCAGAAAUAUGUGGCUCACUUUGGUGCCCAUUUCAACUGCAUCGUCAUUUUUAUAUUUUCACCUUUAACUCCUCUGGUUAUUUAGUGAUAUAGGUGGUUACAGAACUUAAAAAAUAAGAUAUAAAACAACAUUUAUAACAAGAUUAUGUGAUCUAAAAAAUGUUUUCUUUAUUGAAUUCACUCAAAGUAAAUUGUCUGCUCAAUAACUUGAUAUUUAGGAGCUCUUGUGGCAGCUAAAAAAUAUCAACAUCUAGCUGCUUAAUAUCUUAAAAUCCGUAGGUUGUUACCGUGCUUGACUGUCUAGUUAACUAUUGUUAUGGACCUUGUUAAUACCAAAUCAAAGUCUUUAAGCUGGAAAAAUAUAUUUAAAAACCUGUAAGGAAAUAAAAGUAAAAUAUUUAUAACACAAAAAAGCAGGAAGUGAGAAUAAAAUCUCCUUGUUAUACAGAAAUAAUCAUCAAUACAUUUUUUGCAAUUUGUGCCUGUUUUAUAGUUAGGACUUUUGAUAAAUAUAAUUCUCUAUUUACAGCAUCCAAACUAAUGAAUUGGCCAAAUCUUGGAAUGCGCCAAGUAAAUUAGCAAUCAGAAAUGCAGGAGAUUUAGUACGUCACUCCGUACAGGUACCAUAUAGUAUAGUGUGCUAGCUGUGUCCUCUUCUCUAACUAAAGUGUCACAUCUGCGUCACACAAAUAGACCGUUUGGGGACAUUCACCUUUGAGAAUCAACUUAAUCUUCUCAUCUGCUGACUCUUUAAGCUUCUUCUGUCCAUAAACAUCAUUUUAGGGAAUUUUACCAUUCACGUUAAUCUAUAAUGUAAUUAAGAUGCUCCAAUGUUUAUGUAAAGGUAUUUUUGUCAAUGGAGUCUUUAAAAUGUGUUCUUAAUGAAAUCCAAAUGUGCAUAGGUGUGAUUCAAUUCCUCACUGAUAUACCUGAAGUAAGCACAUUUGUCUGCGGAAAAUGAUUACAGAACAAAGUAGUGCACAGAACUCAAGUUUUUGUGUGAUAUAAAAUGCUCCAAUCUUCUCUUAUGUAUAUUGGCAUAAAAGUUAUAUCUGUGAGAGUUGCAGAACAAUUGCAUGCAUGUUUUAUGUUCGCCUUUAUAAUACUUCUGUAUUUUUAAGGAACUAACAUUUUUCUUUGAUCCCAUGCUUAAAACUAACUAAAGAACAGACUGCUUAGUCUAAACCUCAAUAAAAUGUCUUACCAUGUGCAAUAACGUUGAAGUUAGCGUUACAAACCACGUCAAGUGCUGGGACUCCAGUUUAUAUAUUUAUUAAGUGCUGACAGUGUAUCUCAGUAAUUUUAGAUGUAAAAAAAAAAAAGUGUUAGAAUGUAUAUGUAUAAAAGAGGGCGCCACGUUUAAACUUUUAAUAGACCCUGCUCGCCAAUAACACUCACAACAACGCUGGCGACCCGCACAGUGUCUUUAACUGCCUAUUAAAUAUAAUUCAGUGAAACAGAUAUACACACGCAAAAAUGUAAAACAUAUUUUUAAAAAAAUAAAUAAAAAAAAUAAAUAAAAAAAA